ACGGGGAGGAGGCGCCGAGGCGCCGGGCGCAGGCCGAAGCGCGACCCGACCCUGCGGGCAGCUGGAGCGGGGAGGAACGGCGGUGGGGCAGAGCCCGGCCGGCGCGCGGCAGCUGUGCGCACUUGGGCUCUUUCCGCGCGCGGGCCACACGUGGAACGGGGCACCCGGGCGCUCGGCCGCCAGCCGCGGGGCGGGGUCGGGAAUGAAUAUGCUGGAAAAGGAGGGCGCCCGAGUCUCCGCCCGGCCGGAGCCUGGGGCUGCAGCCCCGGGGCGGGAAGCGGGGCGGGGCUGGGAAAGUUGAGUAUUAGUCGCCGUGGGCUGGGCUCCGCGCAGGAGCGCCGGCCGCCGGGACCGUAGAAGGCUGGGCCGGGCGGGGUAGGUGUGGCUCUGCCUGCGUGACCCGAGUCCCGGUUCCCGGUCGCCGUCGUCUCCCGCAGCUGCGGCCUCUCAGCCAUGGGCGCCGUCUGGUCGGCCCUGCUGGUCGGAGGGGGCCUGGCCGGAGCGAUUUUCGUUUGGCUGCUGCGGGACGCGGGGAAUGAGAGCGACGCGGAGCGGAACGCCCCUCAGGGGGAAGCUGCGGCUCCGGGAAGCGAUCAGGGUGGCGGCGGGGGACCGAGCCCUGUACCUUCCAGGCGGGAGCUGGUCACCAAAGCAGAGCAUCUUCAAGAAAGCAAUGGAUGUUUGGUUUCAGAGACCAAAGGGCAUGGUAACCUGCAGGAAGCAACAUGGAGACAGCAGAGUCCUUCUGGAAAAGACGGUGAUUGUGACAGUUCGAGAGAGCAUGUUCCUUCUGGACAGUUUCCAGACACAGAAUCUCUAGCUACAUCUGGGACUGGUGACUCUAGGGGUUCCUCUGCAGUUUCAAGAAAUGAAAGGCUUCAGUCUCCUCUGGCAGAAUGGGGAUUCCAGAAAGGACAAGAGACACUCGCUAAAGCAGCUCCGUGUUUUGCCGAAAAGUUGUAUUCUAGCAACCUGGUCGUUGACAGAGGGAAAGAAGUGAGCCUUGCCGAGUUGAGCAGUCAGGACCGGGCUGACAAUGAGGACUGGGAAAUGGUGUCCAGGCACUCCUCUUGGGGAGAUGUUGGUUUGGGUGGCGGUCUUGAGGCUCCAGGGUUAAGCCCAAACCAGGGAAUGGACUGUGGCAGAAGCACUCUUAUGGAACCAAGAGGUCAGGAAAUGGAUGUGACACGCAAAAAGGGGGUAGCAAUGUCUUCAGAGUCUCAGCAAGUUAGUAUCAGGUUCCAGGUCCAUUAUGUCACAAGCACUGGUGGGCAAUUCAUUGCAGUAACUGGAGACCAUGAGAGCCUUGGGAGGUGGAACACUUACAUCCCACUCCAGUAUAGCAAGGACGGGUUCUGGUCUCACUCUGUGUCCCUGCCAGCAGAUACAGUGGUGGAAUGGAAGUUUGUAGUGGUAGACAACGGGAAAAUUACCCGCUGGGAAGAAUGCAGCAAUAGGUUCCUGGAGACUGGCCGUGAGGAUAAAGUGGUACAAAAGCGGUGGGGGAUUCAGUGAUUCAGUUUUCAAAGUGCUAGAGAGGCUAUUUGUGGAGCACACUGAAUAAUUUUAAAUAAAGGAAGUAUAACUCCAAAUAUA